AUGCUCACUGAUGAUAUUAGUGACCUGCCCUUUUUUGAAGUUGGUCGUUCAUCGGCUAUUGGAAGCAUCAGCCAGAUGGAGUCUCCUAUCCUAUGUGGUCCACACACUUCUUUUCAUUCAGGCAGGCAGAUACACACCAUCGAUCCCUUUGACCUGUACCCAAAAAUAUCCAUAACCGUGAACUGCUUUAUUUUGUGGGAGACAACGUGUUCCACCAAGCUGGUUCGCAACAUGGAAGAACUCAAACUUGAGCGUGUACGGAAUCGUCUGCUCUAUUGCCCGGUAUGUCUAGAUGAAUUUGAAGAUCCCCGUUGGCUGCCUUGUCUUCAUACAGUUUGUUACCAGUGCCUACAACAGCUAAAAGAUUCUUCUUCUUCUGUCUUCAUCCAGUGCCCAGAAUGCCGCAGCAAUAUAUCCACACGAGAAAAUUGUUUUUUUUAUGUCACCGAUAUUAACAGCCGGCACAUGAACAUCUUCCUUCUUUUGGGGAGCAUCGUCUCCGUCUUCUUCUGUAGCCGGAGCAACGUUGGAGCCCCCAGCAAUACUGCCAUUAUUACUUGCGACAUCUAA